AUGAAGGUAGUGGGAGAGUGGGAGAGUGAAAGAAGGGGAGGAAGUCCGAUUGUCGUAGACAAAGUGUGGAGGAACCUACACGAUGUGCUUGGUGUAGAAGUAGAUUGUCACGUACUUGAUGAAGAGCAAUCCCGAUGCAUGAAAAGAGUAUUCGGCAAGGUUGCCGGGAUAUUCGCAGAUGGAAUUGAGUAG